AUAGGUUAUACUUACUUUUUGCUUUAAGACAUUAAUUUGUUCUUCUUGAUCACUCAAUUCUCUUUUCAUAGAUUUCAACGAUCUUAAUAAAUUAUUUUCAUCAUUUUUAUGAUACUUUUCUUUUUGUAUCCUAUUUUUAUUUCAAUUCUUAUGUCUCUGAAAGUUGAAUAAUUUUAAUUCUAAUACGGUUUUUCUUGCAGAAUUAAAGAAAUGAUAUUAUCGACCGAACGCCAUACGACAAGGAAUGGUGGCGUGGCGGGAAAGAUGUUUGCUUUAAAAAUGUGAUGAGAUUUGUACUUAGUAAGGGUACAAACUAGUGAUCGGACGAAGAGGUGCGCAAUACAAUUUCGUCCAUUGCAAAUUCUACUAUGUAUACCUAGAGAGUGUUUAAAACUUGAAUAAAAGAAAAAAAUGAACAAAGAAACUCGUAGAGAAGUGGAACGAUUAAAAAGGUAUAAAUACACGAGUUGAUAAGAGGAAACCAGUAAGAAGAAAAGAGAUAAGGAUUUUGGUAUAACAGGAAGAGAGAGAAAGAGACACGCACAGAGAGGAAAAGAGGGAGAUAGAAUAAUAAAGGUUAGUGAACUAAAUCCCAAAAUGUCAUCUUACGUAAUGGAAUGAAACGGAAGGAUUGGCAACGAUUUAUAAUUCGAAAAGUUUAUUAUAAGUUAAAGUAAAUACUUGUUAGUUCUUCCUAUUAUUAAAUAUUUUGUUGUGAUAUUACGUUAAGUGCACGUAACCGUUCAACAACAUGCCAUUUAGGGAUACAAAAACCUUCUCGGCUGUCAUACAAUAAACGAAAAAGCACCAUUACUAAAAGAUAUUCGAAGAAAUAUGGCAGAAAAAAUUGUUGGAUUUUCUCAAGAAAUCCUUGUCUCUCAAACUGAGCAAACAAUCAAAGCAAAAAGGUUUCUACAAUACAUUGCAAGUUUAGCAGCCUCCAUAGGUGCAAUAGCAGCAGGAAUGUCAGUAUCAUGGACUUCUCAAGCUGGUACAGAUGGUGUCAAUAUAGCAACCAUAUAUAAAAUCACCAUUACCUCAGAAGAAUAUUCAUGGAUUGGAUCACUCGCAGCACUUGGAUCUGCAGUAGUGUGUGUACCUAUUGGUACUCUUGCAGAUAUAAUAGGCAGAAAAUAUUCUAUGCUAAUGCUUGUAAUUCCUUUUACAAUUGGCUGGCUUUGUAUUAUCUUUGCAAAGUCUGUCGCUUUUUUUUAUGUUGGAAGGUUCUUAACAGGUUUUAGCGGCGGAGCAUUUUGUGUAACAGGUCCUAUGUAUACCUCAGAAAUAGGUGAAAGUGAAAUUCGUGGAAGAUUAGGUACAUUUUAUCAGUUAUUUCUCACUAUAGGUAUUCUACUAGUAUCCAUCUUAAAUAUUGGCGUAAAUAUGUACCAGUUAUCCAUUAUAUCUGGGUUUAUACCAAUAAUCUUUGGUAUAGCAUUUUUUUUCAUGCCAGAAAGUCCUGUAUACUAUUUAAUUAAAGGAAAUGAAGAUACCGCUAGGAAAAUUUAUAUUAAACUUAGAGGUUCUCAAUAUGAUGUAGAACAAGAAUUAAGUAUGCAGAAAAAAAUGAUAGAAGAGGCUAAUAAAAACAAGGUAUCUUUUCUAACUUUAUUGAAAUCUAAAGCUUGCAAAAAAGCCAUAUUAAUAUCGUAUGGACUUAUGGGAUUUCAACAAUUGAGUGGAGUAAAUGCUGUUUCAUUUUACGUUGGUUUUAUAUUUGACAAAGCAGGAGGAUUUGUUGGACCUAAAGAAGCUGCUAUUGUCAUAGGAGUAAUUGGAAUAACUAUGGUAUUUAUUAGCACAUUAACAGUCGAUCGUCUAGGUAGAAAAAUAUUGCUUAUAAUAUCUAGUACUUUUAUGGCUUUAUCUAAUUUAGCACUUGGUAUUUACUUCUAUCUCUUAGAAACAACAAGUACAAGUAGUCUAGGCUGGUUACCACUCUUAUCUGUUUGUUCUUUCAUCGUUUCAUUUGCAAUUGGAUUUGGUCCUCUUCCGUGGAUGAUGAUCUCAGAAUUUUUUACGGCUGAAACCAAAGGUAUCGCUGGUAGUAGUGCUUGCUUAUUGAAUUGGAUACUGGCAUUUAUUGUCACUAAAACUUUUGUUAAUUUAAAUGAUAUUAUUCAUAUCUAUGGUACGUUUUGGUUAUUUUCCCUUAUUUGCGCUUUAGGUGUUGUUUUCGUUUUAUUCUUUGUCCCAGAAACGAAAGGAAAAACGUUAGAACAAAUUCAACGCGAAUUAAGCGCAUAGUUAGGCAUUUAAAAAAAUUUGUUAUAUACAAAUUACAUUGUAAUAUAAAAGGUUAUACAAAUUGCAAAUCUGAUCUUUUUGUAAAAUAACUAUAAUACGUCUUAGACAAAUAAAUUUCUGUAUGCAAAGAUAUGCAAAGGGUUAUAAGUCAAAUUUUGGUUAAAACAGAAUAAAUACGCUAAUAUAUUCUA